CUUCGUGAAGAUUCAAUAGGAUACGCAAUGGAUAUAUCUAUUAAUCAAAAUGCUUUCCCCGAUCCCGAUCCGAAACCCAAUAAACGUAGGCGGAAGAAGUCCAUGGUCUGGGAACAUUUCACAAUCGAGACUGUUAAUGCAGACUGUGUCAAAGCGAAUUGUAAUCUGUGCAAGAAAUCGUUUGCGUAUAUAUCAGGCUCAAAACUAGCAGGAACCAGUCAUCUGAAACGGCAUAUUUCUAUGGGAAUCUGCCCCGUUACUCGGCAUAAUCAGCAGAAAGAUCAACUUAGUAUUCAGGCACCACCUCCUCCAAAACCUAAAAUUUCUGAAAACGGCACCAGCUCUAACUCACCAAGAAAGCGCCACAGAGCCGCCAAUGGAGCGGUCAGCAUCUACUCUAAUGGUGGUAAUAAUUGGAGCCAUGAUCUUGCGAAGAUGAUAAUUCUGCACGAUUAUCCGCUUCACAUGGUUGAACACGCUGGAUUUAUCGAUUUCACACGAAAUCUUCAGCCCCAGUUUAACGUCUCUAGUGUCGCCACAGUGCAAGAGCAAAUCAUGGGCAUUUACACGAGAGAAAAGCACAAGGUAAUGGACCUGCUUAGAGUAAUUCCAGGGCGUCUCAACAUUACAGUGGAUGUGUGGACCUCAGAUAAAAGCUAUGAAAGCUUGGCUUACGUACUUCUAACAGGUCACUUCAUCGAUCAUGAUUUGAAACUGCAAAGACGAAUCUUGAAUUUUAUCGCGGUGGAGUUUCCUGAUUCGGACACCGCUCUCAGUGAAGGUAUUGCCGCUUGCCUGACUGAUUGGAACGUUGAGGAGAAGCUACUUACUAUCACUCUCGAUCGUAGUUAUUGCAGCCAAAAGGCUAGAGAAAAUCUCAGAAAUUUACUACCAAUGAAGAACUCCCUCACUCUCAACGGCCAGCUGGUAAUCGACAGCUGCUACGCUCGUAUGUUGAGUAGUUUGGCACAGGAUGCUAUUGAAUCUAUGAGGGUAACCAUCGAGAAAGUAAGGCAUAGUGUAAAGCAUGUUGAACCUGGAGAGGAUCGAACCAUCGAGGAGUCCCACAACGAAAUAUUUGUUAAAUUGAAACAAGAGCUUCAACAUCCCAGUACAAAGAGGUUGAAGAUUGACGACGUGACAAAAUGGGAUACCACCUAUCAUAUGUUGGUAGCUGCCUAUGAAGUGAAGGAUGUACUAUCAAAAUUAGAACGCGAAGAUCCAGAUUACAAAUGUAGAAUAUCGGAGAAAGAAUGGGAACAGGUUGCAAUUCUGUGCAGUUUCUUGAAACUACUUUUCGAUGCAGCCAAUGUAUUAACGAGACCUGUCUAUCCAACGACCAAUAUAUUCUCUUCCCAAGUGGUGGAUAUUCACAAAGAGUUUACUGAAGCUGCUGCUACGAGCAGUGACCCGUUCCGCAUCACACUGACCAAACCGCUGAGGGAGAAGUUUAUGAGGUAUUGGGAAAGUUGCAACCUGGUAAUAGCAAUGGCUGCUGUAAUGGAUCCGAGGAUGAAGAUGGAUUAUGUGGCGUUCAACUCCACCAGGAUCUACGGUGAGGAUGCGGGCACCUGGGUCAAGAUUGUAAAUGACAGCCUGCACGAGCUCUUCCUCCAGUACGUGAUGCAUUCCCAUCUGGGACCUGCUUUCGCCGAGGAAGAAGCAAUCGACCCUUUGGUGAAGAUGGAGAUGCCUUGUCAAGAAGAUGCUCUUCUCUCCAGUGUGGAUGGAUUAAUAGACUUCGACAUUGACAUAUCGGAUAUUAUGGGCGAAUCCCACACGAAGCUGGAAAUUGAUCAGUACCUUGAGGAAUCCAUUUUGCCACGUGUGCAAGAGUUCGAUGUUUUGGGUUGGUGGAGAGUGAAUACUUAUAGGUAUCCGACUUUGUCCAGGAUGGCAUUCGAUGUGUUGUCUAUACCGAUGUCGACUACCCCUACAGAGUCCGUGUUCGAUACGAGAGAGAGGAAAGUGGAUGAUUAUCGAAGCUCGUUGAGACCUAGCACGCUUGAUGCUCUUUUCUGCGCAAAAGAUUGGUUAAGGUAUAAUACCGAACUUCCAUCAUCAAUUGUGCCUGCUGCUACUGCUAAAACAGAAUUCUACUGAUAUGUGAUUUGCAUAUUAUUCAUUUUUGUAGAUGGGUUUUAGGUUCCUUUUUUUUUUUUAAUUUUUUUUAUAAAGGUUAUUUUAGGAAUAUUCUUUGUUUGUUGCAAUAUUAAUAAAGAGUACAGUUUUGUUUUAUUAGAAAUUUUAUAGAGUCAGUUUUUAACAACUGAUUUGAUGUUUUCA